AUGAGAAACCUCAUAGAUGAACUUGAAAAUCUGAGUAAUAGAUUAACUCAAGUUGGUGAUUGUGUGCAUGAUGAAGAACUUUAUUUCUCCAAACUGCCAAUGAUAUGGGAUCUGAUAGAUGAGAGGAGAGAACUUGCAAGAAGGCUAAGGGAUGAAGGGCCAAUCACUAUUCAACAGUUCGCAGAAGAAGUUGCCAGGCCGAUGGUGUACAGUUUGAUACAGGAGCUCGAAGAUGCAUUUCAUUGUAGUCCAGCUUUAGGUGCUUUCUCUGUGUUUGAUAUGAGACAUGUACCUUCAAAUCCCCUUGAAUUGGGCGACUAUGGACAGACCUCUAUUAGCCACAUUGCUGAUCACUAUGGUGAGGCGAAACAGGACACUUUCAUGGGACAUCAUGUUGUUGCUCAGCCAGAAUUUCCAGCAGAGAUCAUCAGAAGAGAGUUCAGUGCUUUUAAGCAUCAGAUGUUUAUAAUGAAGCAGAGGGCAUCUGAAACAGAUUUAUCAGACCCACAGUUCCUGCUGAAGAAGUUGACUGAUGAGCCUAUAUUACAGCAAACCUUCCCUGUAAUGUCUUACUUUGUGCUACUGUCCAGUUUGAUUCCAACAUCAACAGCCUGUGUUGAGAGGGUGUUUUCUUUGAUGAACAGUAUUUGCACUCCUCUCAGAUCAUCAAUGAGCCAGGAAACACUUGAUAACAUUAUGAGAAUUGUUCAUGAAGGAGCAACUUCACUGAGUGACAAUCAACUUGAGAGGGCCAUUAAUCAUUUCACUUCCAAGUCUAGAAAAAUUUAUGUCUGAGUCAGUUGUCCUGAGUGUAAUAAGAAAUUCAAAACAAUGAAGAAUAAAGAUACUUUAAGAACAACUUCAUGUUAUAUCUUUUAUUUGGUUAGGUCUAUAGUAAAAGAUAUACUAGCUAUUGAAAGUAGGCCUAAUGGUAGGAAAUAGUGCUUAAAAGUAAGUGUAAUACCCUAGAUCUAAAUAACUUAUAUACGACUCAAAAUUCCCCUUUUUGUGUUAAAAUGAUGCAAAAUUCCCCUUUCUGAGGGUAUGGGUACCUGUCCCCAAAAGUUGUCUA